GGCACAAAAAUAUAUUGGUCAACCUGGCACGAACACAAAUACUUAAUGAAGCGUUUCGGGGCUAAACUUCAUGGUUUGAGAUCUUAUCAAAAUUUACAAUUGGUUCAUGGAAAAGAUAUUUGUUUGAUGAUUUGUCGUUGCUUCGAAACUCAUUCGGGUUAGAAUUGAAAAAAAGAGGGAGACUUAACAACAACAAAAAAAAAAAAUCAAAACCAUUAGAUUUCGAUUUCAACUUCAAUUUCUUGAAACGGAACAUGACCUGAACUAUUAGGAGGCUUGAUAGUUUAUGUUCUCUUCAUAGAGAAAUAAAUUUCCUUGACAUUCGGUUUCUAAUUUCGUUAUUCGGUUAAACUAAACCGAACCAAUAUCCCACCCCGCACCCCCUAAGUGCUUACAUCUCAGUUCUCACGCUGACCGAAUGAAUACCUCUUAUCACACGAAGCAAAAUGGAGAAUGUGGUAUUGUAAAUCUUAAAUGAGGGGAAGAGUGUAGACUAGAGAAGAGAAAUAGCUAGAGACGGCGGGAGAGGUUGACGGCAGCUCAUAGUGGGAGUUGCUAUCGAAGUAGAGCGACACAAGUUUCUUUCUUUCUUUCUUUCCAUAUUUUUGUUUCCAUCUGGUUUCUUGCUUGUUAGUGCUGUUUGUUGACAAAUGAUCUUUUAUUGUAAAUUUCAUUGAGCAAAUAAUAUUAUUGAAUGGUGUUAUCUUAUAUUAAUUAGUAGAGCGCAAAUUAGAAAAGUAAUUGAUCUGGAAAACGUGGAAGCUAAGUGAGGGGUCUCUGUUUCUCCACCGGAACAGUUGUAUAACAUUGACAAUCACAAUACUAUAUACUACGCCGAAAGGGUUGAAGCUGCUCGUGUGGCCAAAGAUAAAGGUGCGGUGGCCGGCGCCAAUCACUCUCCUUUUUCGCUUCAAACCCACUUAGAGAUGACAAUUUGAACCCGCCCCGCCUCGUCAGCAAACAACCCUUUGGAAUUGUUAAAUAAGGAAGAAAAUGCUCUUAAGUAUGCUACGAUAGUAAAAGUUUGAUGGCGUCUGAUCUUGGGGGCGGGGGAAUUUUUGGAUCAAUUGUAUCAUCGUCAGCUACCCUUUUAUCUCAUGCAUUCAACUCAAUUUAUUUAAGAAAAUCAAGGAAGAAACAUGUUCAAUUUUAUUAAGAAAAUUAGAUUAAUUUACGAUUUUUUUUUACCAAUCAUAUCAUCAUGUACCGUAGGUACAAUCAUGAUAUACUCUAGUAAAAAGUAUUGAUCAAUAAUUUCUUUUGCUGGAAAAUAUAUCAAUAUGAGUGGGUAAUCACAUACUAGAACCCGAUUCAUAAACCAACAUCUAUCAAGAAGAAGACUAUUAAAAGAGAAAAAGAAACAAUAAAAGUGAGGUGCAAACUACGGUUGAUCCAGGAGCGCCUUGACCGGGCUUUGGUCUCGGCCGGUUGGCUAGAUCAAUUGCCUGAUUCGGCUCUCCAUCAUCUUUCUGACCAAGAGUCGGACCAUAGAGCACUGUUAUUGGCCACGGAAUCUGUCCAACGUCGGGGAAAGAAGCUCUUUCGCUUUGACGCUAGGUGGUGUGAGAAUCCAGAAGUUCGGGACAUUGUCCAGGAGGUGUGGGAUAUGAGCUUUGAUGGCACCCCUAUGUUUCGUCUAUGGUGCAAACUUAAAGCCCUCAGGCACCGGUUAUAUGAAUGGAGUAAGCUUGGUAAGAGUAACUCCGAACGGAAAAUUCGGAGCCUCCAACGGGAAUGGGAUGUUACGAGAGGCGCUAUUGAUGUUGACUGGGGAAAGCUUCGAGAGAUUGAAAGCCAUCUACGCGCGGCUUGGGUGGAUGAAGAGAUUUAUUGGCGACAAAAGUCCAGGGUGGGUUGGUUGAAGGAGGGUGAUCAGAAUUCUUCCUAUUUUCAUAAUGUUACUAGGGCCCGUCGUCGCCAUAAUUGCAUUCAUAGUCUCAAAGACCCCGCGGGAAAUUCGGUGACGUCGGAGGAGGGAAAAGCUCUAAUUGCUAAUGAUUUUUAUACCCAUCUGUUCACGUCGGGAGGUUUGGACUCUCAGUCAGUUUUGGAGAAGGUGGGGGCGCUGCAGAUUGAGAGAAGAGUGACGGAUCGGAUGAAUUCUAGGUUGACUGCCGAGGUCUCUCCGGAGGAGAUUCGCAACAGCGUUUUUCAAAUCGGAGCUACGCAGGCACCAGGAUCGGAUGGGUUCACAGGAGUUUUUUAUCGGAAGUUCUGGGAGAUAGUGGGUCCUGAUGUGAUUAUGGCGGUCCGACAUUUUUUCGAUACUGGCUCCCUCCUGAAAAACUGUAAUCAUACUUGGCUGGUGCUCCUUCCAAAGGUUGAUAAUGCUGAAAAUAUGAGGGAUCUUCGGCCCAUUAGUCUAUGUCAAUUUGCCUAUAAGAUCAUUGCGAAGAUUUUAGCUGAGAGGCUUGCUCGAUACUUACCAUCAAUUGUCUCUCCAGGGCAGAACGGUUUUGUACGAGGCAGGCAAAUCGUGGAUAAUGUUCUUAUAGGGCAUGAGGUGAUGCAGUACCUGAAAAAUAAGAGGGUGGGAAAACAGAGUUUUAUGGCCGUCAAGGUGGAUAUGGAGAAGGCAUAUGAUAGGGUGGAAUGGCCAUUUUUGUUCGCAUUGCUUGAGAAACUUGGUUUCAGUGCGCAAUGGAUUAGAUGGCUUUGGGUUUGUGUGUCUUCUUCAUCGUUCUCUGUUCUCAUGAAUGGUCAGCCGUCUGGUUAUUUCCAAACUUCGCGGGGACUUCGACAAGGUGAUCCGUUGUCGCCGCUUUUGUUUGCUAUUUGCACAGAAGGCUUUGCUGCUCUGCUUAGACAAGCGUUAUCGUCUCGUGCUCUUUCUGGUCUUCGUAUUAGUCCCAGAUGUCCUGUGAUCUCGCACCUAUUUUUCGCAGAUGAUUCAUACCUGUUUCUGCGAGCUUCUCGAGCCGAAUGUGCUAGUCUCAUGGUUCUCUUGCACCAGUAUGAGGAGCUCAGCGGUCAAAAGGUAAAUUUAGAUAAGUCGGCAGUCUGCUUUAGCAGGAAUGUUCUUCCACGGGAUGCACAAGAGAUGGGGCAGUUACUUGGGAUUGGAGCUAUUGGUGUAACGGAUCAAUACUUGGGUCUCCCUUCUCUGGUGGGGAGGUCGAAGUAUGAUACGUUCCGAUAUAUAGAGGAAAGGGUCAUCCAAAAACUCCAGGGAUGGAAGCAGCAGUGUCUUUCUUGGGCCGCUAAAGAAGUUCUUCUGAAGGCAGUUGCUAAUGCUUUACCCAUUUAUGGGAUGUCUUGUUUCCUGUUCCCUCUGACUCUGUGUCGUUCUCUAGAUAGACAUUUGGCUCGGUUUUGGUGGGGGGUUAAACAAGGGGAAAGGCGGAUCCAUUGGGUUUCUUGGAAAGCGAUGUGCCUCGGUAAGCAGGAGGGUGGGUUGGGUUUCCGUAGAUUUGAAGAGUUUAAUCAAGCUCUUCUGGCUAAGGUGGCCUGGCGAAUCUGGAAGGAUCCCAAUUCCUUGUUGGCUCGAGUGUAUAAAGGGAAAUACUUUCCCAAUUCAAGUAUCUUGAGUGCAAGGACUGGGUCUCUCACAUCUUGGGGAUGGCGUGGCAUUCUUCGAGGGCGUGAUCUGCUUCUCCAAGGGCUUCGAUGGCAAAUUGGGUCAGGGGAUUCAGUAGAAGUGCUCACUGAUAAUUGGGUGCCAGCUCUACAUCCGUUUCCCCCCAAACCGCGACAGGGUAUUAUUGGAGUGGAAGGCAAAGUGGCGUCUUUGAUUUGUCCUAAUCAGGGUGUCUGGAGGGUAGAUUGCCUUCGUCAGAUCUUUGAAGAAGACACGGUUAAAGCUAUCUUGGCUAUUCCUCUCCCCAUUAAGGUUGUGCCAGAUCGCCUGGUCUGGGAUGGAGAAAUCUCUGGAUGUUAUACUGUCAAAUCAGGGUAUCACAAGGCGGUCGAGUUAAGACGGCAGAAGGAGCUGCAGGUGAAGGCAGUCGCUCUAUCCUGGGACCGUAGCCUGUGGAAACGAAUUUGGGCCACUCCGAUACCGCCUAAACUGCGGUAUUUUAUUUGGCAGCUUGUCCGGGGUGUCUUGCCAACUGGUGAGGCACUGAGUACUCGCGGGAUGGAGGGGCUGGAGCCAUGUCCAGUCUGCGGGGAGGAGGUGGAGUCUCUUGAGCAUCUCUUCUUCCGAUGUCGUGUAGCGCUGCAGCUCUGGGAGGGGGCCGAGCUUCACCUGCUGAGAGAUCGGUUCCCACUUAACAAUAUAAGCAUCUUUUGGCGCAGGGUUCUCGAGGAAGGCAAUUUGGACAGGAGCACGCUGAUGCGGGUGGUGGCUCUUUUUUGGCGUGUUUGGCGUGCGCGAAAUUGGGUUGUGUUUGAUUUCACUCAGUUCAUUGUCCCUGUUUUGCUUUCUCAGUUUCGUUCGCAGGUCACAGAGUGGGAUUCCGUUCCUGAUAAUCAACAAAGGCCGCCUUUUCCAGGUCCUGGGGGUCCUCGCCUAGCGGUUAGAGAGUCAGUCCCGCCUGGGGAGUUAGUGUUGUUUGUUGAUGGGGCCACGCUGCGUGGUUCCCACGGGGCUGGAGGUUGGGUUUUGCAGGAUCCAUCGGGCGUGGUGGUGGCGCCUUAGCGGCCUUGUAUGUGGGGAUUUUUGAUCCCUCCUUGGUGGAGCUGUUAGCUUUUCGGGAUGCGAUUCGUUGGUGUUUGGCACGAGGUCUUCAUUCUAUCGUCUUUGCUGGGGAUGCACAGGUGGUGAUUAGAAGGAUUCGAGAAGGUCAGGUUGAUGAUGUUCAGGGUGGCACGGUUUUGGAAGAAAUUCGAUGCUUGACGGGCUCGUUUUCGGUGUUUGAUAUUCGGUUUGUUGGUAGGGAUUGUAACAGGGUUGCCCAUUUGGUGGCAAGAAAAGCCCUUUCGUUGUUCCCUCACUUAGGAGGGUUCGAUUUUGUUUCUUGGCUGUUUUCAGCUGUGUGACUUGUUAUAUCUGGCUUUCUCGGUAAUACGAGUGAUCUUUUGGCAAAAAAAAAAAGAGGUGCAAACUACGGUUUAAUCGGAUGAGCACCAACGUUGCAGAGAGACGUUGGUGAGCAAGCAGAUAGCGAUAAAUUGUAGUAGCAGUCAAAGAUGGGCGACUCCCUGCCUGUCCGCCGCCGCCAAAGGGAAAAAAGGUAGGUUUGUUUAUGUUAUGUCUUACCAAUUUUUCAACAAACCAGGAGGAGGAUUUCGUUUCACCAUUCACAAAAGCAAUGACGCGUCUUUCACUUAGUCACUUAUCUUCUCAUUGCCAAAUUAAGCCGGUCGUUUCCUUGUCCUUCGCCUCAAUCUAAUCUAAAAGUGGUUGCAACUUUCAAGAGCGGUGUCUACUGUCUACCUUUGGUGCAUAGAAUACUCAAAAUCCAUAGAUAAAUAUCUCUGGCUACACUAUUAGUAGGAAAAUAUUAUUCAGACAUUGGAAGAAAAAAAAUGGAAUUUUCGGAUAUUUUGUUACAACAUAUAUCUUAACGAGUGAAUUCUAUGUAAUAUGUCUCUAAAAUCACAACUUAAACUUUUGAAUGAUGUAUCUAGUAUGUUUGAUAUAUUUUGGCGAAACAUUUUAUUUUUUCGUGAAUAAAAUGGUGAAAUAUUUUAUUAAAUUAAAAAAAUACAAACAAAUUAAGUAGGCGUUUUACAGGCAGCAGCAGGCCUCUCACAUCCCAUUAGGGGUGGGCAAACGGUUUGGUAAAUCCGAACCGAACCAAAACGAAACCGAAUUAAACCGAACCGAAACCGAAUUAAUGCUAUUCGGUUCGGAAGGAAAAUAUGGAUAGUUCGGAAACCAGGGUUCUUUCAACCGAACCGAAUUUCCGAAUUUCCGACCGAAAAAUAGAAAUACUAGAAUUGCAAGCUCCAAAUGGUGGAUUUUUAUGUUUGUAGUUGUUUUUAGACUUAAAUAUUUGAAAUGUUUUAUGACUUAUGUAUUGAAAAGUUGAUUUUAUCAUUGAUGAUGCAUAUAAUUGAUAUUUAUUGUUUAUAUUAGGUUUAAUACACUUGUAUAUCCAAAAAAAUUACGGUUGUGCCAAUAAUAUCCAAAUUUUUCGGAAUACCACUUAUAUCCAUGUUUUAAAGUUGUUCUUUGCCAAAUCUAUCCAUUUCCCAAUAUAUUUUUGGUUAAAUACACUUGUAUAUCCAAAAACACCGUUAAAGAAUGUGAAAGAAUUGGAUAUAAGUGGUAUUUCGGGAAAUUUGGAUAUUAUUGGCACAACCGUGAAAGUUUUGGAUAUACAAGUGUAUUUAACCUUUAUAUUAGGGGUAAAAAAUAAUUUAAAAGUGAGAAAAUACAAGUAGCUUCACAAAUUCGGUUUUGGGUGAAAAAUCGAACCGAAUUAUAAUUUGGUUUAAACCGACUGAACCGAAUUAUAAUUCGAUUCGAAUUCGGUUUGAGAUUUGGUAGAAUUCAGAGACCCGGUAUUCAUAAUUUCGGUUCGGUUUCGACCGAACCGACCAAAUGCCCACCCCUACAUCCCAUCAAAGAUAUUGGAGUCAACGAAAUAAAGAAGUGUACAUACA